AUGAAAGAACCCAGGAGCCAGCCUCGAUGUCGCCGAAGAAGAACACGUCUUCUUCUUUGGAAGCCGCCGCCGCCGCCGCCGCCAUCGGCCAGCAACUCCGAGACACCAUGGAUCGAGUGGUCGACUUCGAUCACCAGCUGUGAGCCGCCGAGGAAGAGCGCGGUCAACUCUGCAUUGACGUUGAUCGCAUGGGGAAGCCUGGCCCUCGACGAUGAUGACGGAGCAGACACUAGGCUGGUAAAGCUCCCGACGACAUUCGAUGAGUUGCCCAGAUGUGACGGCCACCCGCGUGGAGCUGGGGAGAGCAGCAGAGCUGUACCCACCAGGGUCGAAUCGGGAAGGGAGCUGUACCGGGAAAAAGAAGGGCAUCGGACCAAUCAGAAGUUGUUCGCCGACACGGACCGACCUGUAAUUCGGUUGGAGCUCAUGAGCGAGGAAUGCAACGAUUGA